UUUGGUAUAGUUUUUGUCUGUCUGAGAAAAUGUGAAAGCAAAAAGGUUAGGGGGAUUCCUGACCGUUCACAUUCGUCGGGUAUGCAUGGCAACGUGAGCGGGAAAGAAUACACAUGGAAGCCUGAAUCGACACGCUGACAGCCCAUGUACCCCCCCUGCCGCCAGCCCGGGCGGUGCCGUCCACGCUCCUCCGCCGCCCGCAGACACUCAGCCACCUCAUCCCAUGCCCCGUGGUCCAGGCACCUCACCUCCUUCGCGACCUCAUUUCACCCCAUCCCUCGCAUCCCCCAUAGAUCCGGCCGGAUUGUGGAGGGAAUCCCCCCACCGCCGCCGCUCAGAUCCGUCCACCGCAUCCACCUUGACAAAAUCGCCAUGCCCGCUACACCCGCCUCCUCCCAGGACCGCCAUCUUACGCAAAAAUAGUCCGUCGGAACCGCCCGGACCCGCUGCAUCGCCACCGCCCAGAGCUGCCGCAUCCUCCACUCAGAUCCACCUCUUCGAUCCCCUCCAGGAGCUCCUACUACGCCGCAAUCCACUGCUCCGCCAGCAGGGGCUGCCGGCGCCGCCCGGAUCCGCCACGCCGUCCACACAAAUGCGCCUUUACUACCCGCACCAGAAGCCUGUACUAUGCCGCGGCCACCCACCACUCUCCUAGCCGCGUCAAUGCGCAACGCGAUGGGGCCUGCGCGGCGCCGCUCCAUCGAGCCCCGAGCCAUCGCGUCACCCGCCGGUGGCCACAGUGCAGCGCGGCCACGACAAGCCAGGCUGGAACCGCGUAAAGGGGAGGCACUGGAGGCGCAAGACCGCCCCGGAGAGUACACCUGCGCGCGCAGAGCAUUCACGGCGACGCUCAUCCCCGCCACCCACCUCCCCUACUUGACAUGCGCAACACCAUUCAAGAAGGCAGCCGCGGCCGGCCCCUCGUCAAAAGCCACCUUCCACUUCCUAACGUAGGGCCGUUGCUUCCGCUGCCUCGCCCGAGACCACCGUGCCAGCUCUUGCAGGGACCCUUCGCUGCCUCCGCUGUCUCCAGCAGGGGCACAAACAGAGCUUCUACCACGCCACCGCCCGCAGCUGUAACAACCCCACCCGUGCUCAAGACAAACAACCUCUUGUCCCCCCUCCCCGCCAACCAUCUGGGCCACACCAACCCCCAUCUUCUGCAACUCGCCGCUCAGAGAAGAUGAGGGAUUACAGAGUUGGUGACCCGGCGCUCAGGCCAGAGGAGGACAGACUCCAUGUCCCCACCUCAUUCGAGUUGGAACGCGAGCUGAGGGACUGGGAGGGAUAUGCCUUGGUCACCUGGGCCAUGCGCGUCCCACCCGACACCACGGCGCGCCACCUGGAGGACGCCAUCAUCAAUGACUUCAGGUUGCGCCCGGAAGAAGUUGACGUCACAAGACACCGCCCUGAAGCUUUCCUCAUCUGAUUCCAGAACAGACGCAGCUGCGAGGAGGUCAACGCCAAGGGAAAGUUCAAGUGCCGGGGCACGGAGGUCUGCGUCCGCCCAUGGCAGAGCCUCACGGGCGCACUUGGUGCGGCUCUGUUCUACAGGGUGCGCCUCGUCCUCGAUGGCGUCCCGAGACACGCGGCAGCUGGACCUCGUGGAGAGGAUCGUCAGACGCACAUGGUCCCUCCAGUGCGUGGACACCAACCUCCUGCACCCAAUAGACACCAGAGGGAUCGAGUUGUGGGCGUGAACUGCUGAUCCGAGUAGAAUCCCCAAGGAGGUCCUAGAGAACCAAACACCCCCUUAUAUUGACCACUGGAGCCAUGGAUGCCUCCUCUUCAUCCGUGCAGGUCUUGGACACCCCUCUCCAAUGGUGGGGAGGGGUGUCCAAGACUACUCCAAGGUGUCGACUGACCACCACGACCCGGACGUUGCCGUGGGUGAACCAGAGAGGCGGCGCCUCCCCUGGUUCUGGGGCGUCAGGGAUGGUGACUAGGCGCCAACGGCCGCCUUCGAGCUGUUCCAGCACCCUUCGCCCCCACGUGUACAAGAACGGCAGGAUGAACGUGAAAAAGAGGACCAACGCGACCGUGCGCGCCGCGACCGCGUCGACGAUCACCCGGACUUCCACGACGUCUUCGGUGGCAAUGGCCACAACGAAGAUGAGGACCGCGACCGCUGGCCACGCGAAUCACGCGGCCGUGCACGGCGCCACGGCAACGGCUACGGGUGACACCACGACACGGCGCGCAGGGAGCGCUCACGCUCGCCACAGCGGGGGCUCCGGCACCUACGGCGGACGCAGCAGGGAAGCCACCAUCGACGACGACACUCCAGCAUCCCCGGAGGAACUGGAAGCCCGGAGGCAGCGGGAACUGAAGCUUCUGUUCUCCCUCAAUGUCGCCACCAUGGAGGACGCGGUCAAGAAGUUGCUCAACCUGCAGCCCGCACUGCAGCCGACGCGGCAGGCCACCCCAGCGCCCCGUCCGCUGCAGGAACUCUUCCUCAGGAUGGCACGGCUGGCGGAGCAUCCGGGGGACGAAGCCUGGUUCGAGUUGAGGGGCGACAAGCAAAGCUACAAGGGUAGAUGAUGCCCUCUCCAAGCUCCAGGAGGUGGCAGACAAGGUCACCGAGCACCAGCAACAGCGGCAGCAAGUUGCCAACAACGUCAACAACGCAGGCGACCACGAUCCGGUGACCCCUCUUGGCGCAGACGGUGACCUCAGCCACAUCCAGGAGGUCACCGCCACAGUGAAUGGGCACCUGCAGCAGAGUUUCGGUGCAACCGACGGCGACGCCCACGCCCACGACAAUGCCACCCUCCAGGGACUCCUCCCAAACCCACCGCCUGCACCAGGGAGGAAGCGCCGGCGCCUCAAGAAGACCAUGGUGGCGAUCUCCAGUCUGCGGCGUAGCAAACGUCAAGCCUGCAGAAGGAUCAAACAUCUCUCGGCGGAAGAAAGGGUGAAUCACGUUCUCUGUCGCCGCUUGGGCUACAUCAAGGACGAUUUCACGCCGGCAGAGGAAGCGAUCAGGGACUUCAUCGCCACCUUCCAGGGCCCUAUGCCCCAGUUCAUCAUCAAGGCCAUGACGGCGCUGUUCCAACUGGACGACGACGACCUCUGCAAGGCAACCAGCGCACUGAUCAGGAUGGGUGGCCCAGAAGCAAUGGAGGCGCCAAUGGAGACCAACAAUGUGGUUUAGGAUGCAAAGGCCGCUGAGUUUUAUCUUCAUGAUGUAUCUUAUUUUUCAGCAUGUUUGUUAGCUGUCACGGCUCUCCAGUGCGGCCCUCUGCGCAGGGCGUUUAGCAGCACUGGACAACACCUGCCAUCUUCGUUUCUUUACUGUUCCUAGACUGUGUCGAGAACUACCGUUUGCCUAAUGUGCACGCUUAAAGUAACUUUGUUUGGCAGUGCUA